AAAGAGCACAGGGAGAGAGAACUCUGCUGCGGCAGGAGGCACCCGGAGAGGUGAGGCUGGCCUGGGCUACCAGGGGCUUCACUGGGGUCAUGCGUAUACGGGGGUUACUGUUAUUCAUGACUUGUGUUGAAAUGAGGUUUCUGUGGGAUAAGGAGAAGUGUCCCAAUGUGUGUGUGUGUGUGUGUGUGUGUGUGUGUGUGUGUGUGUGUGUGAAUUUUCUGGUACCUUCUUUUUUAACAAAAGGAAAUGGAGAAAAGAAAGGGGAAAGAACAGAAAAUAGAGCAUGAGGGAGCUAAAUAAAUUAUGGCGUUUCACCCCAGGAAUGUAACCUUUUGCAACAUUAAAUAUCUUUUUAACUACAAAGUCCAUUUCCGGGUUCGGUGGGACCUGGUCAGAGAUAGGUUUCUGUCUGCUGUGGAGCUGUGAUCUCCAAUGGAGGUAGCUAUGUCUGCAGGAGAGACAUUGCUUUGCAAAUGGGAGGCUUGGCCAUAAGAGGGGGUACAGAGGUCAGCUGACCAUGUUGGCUCUGGCACCAUUUUUUUUUUUUCAUUUUUCUUUUUUUCAGAGCUGGGGACCGAACUCAGGGCCUUGUGCUUGCUAGGCAAGCGCUCUACCACUGAGCUAAAUCCCCAACCCUCUGGCACUAUUUUAUUCCCCUAAUUCUUAGUUCCCUCCUUGGUGAGACACGGAGAGGAGCAAACCUUGGCAGGAGGGUAGGUGUCGAGAAACUAGGUCUUUGUGCAGGGGUUUUCUACAGUGCCCAACAUGCCUGCUGGCUAGGACAAGUGCUGCCUCCUGAUGUAUCUCAAUGGCCCAAGAUGUCUGGACUCUUAGAAGGAGCAGACUGGAGAGGGCAGGGCUGCCUAUUAAUUUCCAUUGCCAAUGGGAUUUUUUCCCUUAUUUUGCCAGAGUCAGAAAGCCAAUCUCUGCAGUCUAGGUGGACAGCUGCCUUCCAUCGUUGCAGAAGGCAUGAAGGCACAGUGCGCGUCUCGAUGGCUCCUGGGCAUGGUGUUCGUUCUCUGCUCAGUUCAUAUCUACAGUCUUAGGAGAUGUCUGGUUUCUGUGGACAUGCGCCUCUUGGAAAAGAGUUUUCAGGAGAUCAGGAGAACCCUGCAAACUAAGGACACCUUCAAAAAUGUCACCAUCCUGUCCACCCUGGAGAACCUGAGGAGCAUUAAGCCUGUAGAUGUGUGCUGCGUGACCAACAACCUGCUGACAUUCUACAGAGACAGGGUGUUCAAGGACCAUCAGGAGACCAGCCUUGAGGUCGUGAGGAGAAUCAGCAGAAUCGCCAACUCUUUCCUCCACAUGCAGAAAACUCUGGAGCAAUGUGUGCACAGACAAUGUCACUGCAGUCAGGAAGCCACCAAUGCAACCAGAACAAUCCAUGACAACUACAACCAGCUGGAGGUCUCAUCUGCUGCCCUUAAGUCUCUAGGAGAGCUGAACAUAUUUUUAGCCUGGAUUGAUAGGAAUCAUCAGGAAACGUCUGCAACUUGACACUAGAUGCCUCGUCUGAUUAUCCAGAGAUAAAAAACCGACUGCGAGGAUUUUUGAAAAAAAAUGUUGUUUUAUUUUUGUUUUUGUUUGUUUGUUUCGUGGUCAACAGCUAACUAUGAAGAGAAGAGGAGAGAGAUGUGGGAAGCCCCAGAAUUAUCUGACAAUGAGGGUUUUUUUCUUCAGAACUUGCUGAGGUGAAAGGGAUUCUCUCUUCUGGGCUGGAGCCUUACAGAAAAAAUUGUGCUUUGAGUAGAUCUCAGCUCGAGCUGAGGUCUCUGCUCGAUCCUAUCAGUAGCUAAGUUGGCUGCUGUGGUAUUUAUAGCAAUAUGGGGCUGUGGAGGGACGUCAGACGUCAUAGGAGCAGUAGACAGCCCCUCUAACUUAUUGCAAAGUGGCUUCUUCCAGGCCUAAGCUGUGCACCUUGUGGUGUGCUAUAGUGCAUAUUGUACUGACUGACAUUUAUGAAUAAAGUGUGGUUUACUAUGAGAAUGAAUUGUCUUCGGAUUCGUUGAAGACUCGUCUGUGCAAGGAAAAGAGGUCCCAAAGAUGCAGAACACCAGGGAAAGCUUAGCCCUAGACGAGGAUACAAUGUAUGUGGAUAUAUGACUACAUUUUUCAUGGCUGUAACAAAAUAUCUGGGCUGGGUAACUUUGUCAGUAAAACACACUUAUUUAGCUCAGAAUUCUAGAGGUUCAAGGGUAUGGGCCGCACUGUCUGGCUGUGGUGAGGACUAUACAGCGGGCGCUGUCAUAAGGGAGGGACCAUGGCAGGCAGAAGAGAGCACAUUGAGACAAGCCAGAGUAAUUCAGGAACCAGGCCCACUCUUCCCCCUUUAAAAAUUCCUUUAUUAACUCUUAGAGAAUUUCACACAUACGUGCCAGGUCUAAGCAGCCACCAUGGCCAUCAGAGAAAUGAUCCAUGGGAGGCAAGAAGGUAGGUUGGUUCAACACGACUCAGUAACUGGUGUUGGCUCACACUUGGGGAGUCUGACCCCCCAAGUAGUUUGUAUUUGGCAUAUUUAAGCACAGCACGAUUCGGUGAAAAAUUUCCUAGUGAUAAAUCACUUGGUGUGCACAGCAAAGCUUAAGGCAUGACCAUGUCGAACUUUUUUGUAAAGUACAUGUGACGUCUUCCAUAAAGAUAGGUUCUACAGAUUGAGAAAAACAAGCCCGUGAUAAGGGUCUAAGGGAGGCACUGAUGUGGUCUCUGCCACACAGGUAGCGCCAUAGCUUGACCGAGAAAAGACAAGAUCACCGUUCUAUGCUGGGUAGAGACGCCAUGGCCAAGGCAAUUUUUAUAAAAGAAGGCAUUUAAUUGAGGGCUUGCGUAGUUUCAGAGGUUUAGUUCAUCAUUAUCAUGGCGGAGAGCAUGGCGGCAGGCAAGUGUGGUGCUGGAAAGGAAGCUAAGAGUUAUACACUGAGCC